AUAAUGUAUAACUGGAUAUUUCCCACCUAAUCGUUAGGUUUAAUGCCUUAACAAAGUAAAUAAUUAGAAAUGGGGGGCAAUAAUAUCACCGUUGCUGAAGAAUUCAUCCUUCUCGGCUUCUCCCAUCUCCCUCACCUUCGAUUCAUUCUACUCUGUAUGUUCUUGUUCCUCUAUGCCUGCACAUUACUGGGGAACAGCCUCAUCACCCUGCUCAUCAUAAAAGACCCUCGCCUUCACACCCCAAUGUAUUUCUUCUUGGCCAACCUUUCCAUACUAGACCUGUUGUCUCCAUCAGUCACUGUGCCCAAAAUGAUCCAAGACCUCGUUUCUGGGAAGGGAGUUAUAUCCGUACACGGCUGCUUCGUCCAGAUCUUUUUCUUAAUAACGUUUGCAGGGUCAGAAUGUCCUCUUCUCUCUGUGAUGGCUUUUGACCGUUAUGUCGCCAUUUGUAAACCUCUUCAUUAUAGGAUCAUAAUGAGCAACAAGAUGUGUUCAUGGCUAACGGGAGGGGUAUGGAUCUUGGGGAGCUUCUAUUCUCUCUUGCACACAUUGCUGACCAAAAACAUCCAGUUCUGUGGUCCUUUCUCCAUCAACCAUGUUUUCUGUGAUGUUCUUCCACUUUUCCAGCUGGCCUGCUCAAACAUUACUCUAAACUUGGUUUUACUGUAUCAAUCAGCGUUUUUUAAUGGGAUGUGCAAUUUUUAUAUUAUUCUUAGUUCCUACAGUAGUAUCAUUACUGCCAUAGCGAGGAUAACGUCUAAAGACGGAAGGAGGAAAACUUUUUCAACGUGCGCUUCACAUCUCAUGGUGGUCUCUGUGUUUUAUGGGACGGUCAUGGCUACUUAUUUUAGUCCAAUCAGUAGUUACUUGGAGUCCAGAGAUAGAACAGCCGCUGUUAUCUACACCUCCGUCACCCCAGCGCUGAAUCCCAUAAUAUACAGUUUCCGUAAUAAUGAUGUAAAGAAGGCGCUGAAGAAACUGUUUGGGAAGUGAGCAGCAAGUCUGUAGUCAGUGUGGGACUGGCCCAUAGGGAUACCAGAAAAACUCCCGGUGGGCCCAGGUGUCAACCAUACGGGCUAAAACAUCCGU